UUCAGUGCCGAGCGAUCAUGGAUUGUGCACUAUGGAUUGUGGAUUGUGGAUUGUGGAUUGUGGGUUAUGAAUUGCGAAAUUUAUGAUUCUCAUACAUGGUCCGCACAUCGUCAUACCAUCAGCGCGCGGCUCCAAGCUCCCAUCAACAGCCCAUCUCGGAUCUCCACUGCUGCUACUGUAGGAGCGCUCGACUGCUCAGUCUAACCCGCAAUGUCGAUGAUUCCCCCCCUCGAGUAGCCCGAGCAGCCCGGAUAGCCCGAACAGCCUGCAUGGCCUUAGCAGGCUCUUUGCCGCCUCCCAGGCUCCCAGGCUUCAAAGGGCCUGUACAUAUACCGGAGGAGGCUGUGGCUGGAGCCUGUACAAAGGGACGUCGCUGUAAGGCAGUCCUGCGGGUGUGUGGUACGGUCCUGCCCAGGUACACAGCACCCCGUCCGCUUCUAAAAAUUGCUGCGCGUCUACUCUCAUUCCCACAACACAGCAAGUCAAACGAGACAAACAGGUCAAACUUCAAACCGCUCCAGAGGGCUAGGGCAGGAGGACUACGUAAGGCCAGAAUUCCAAAUUUGGCAGGCAGGGGCGGCACGGUCCAGCGUCUGAGACGGGCCCGGUAGGCUGAUUAUACGAGCCAGCAAGAA